AUGCAAGAUUCUAUUCACGAAUCUGCUAAUAUUUCAAAAUUAUGCCUACAAUAUGGAAAGUUGUACUACAGCAAAGCAAAUUACAAAAAGUCAAUUAGCUGUUUUGAAUGUGCGUUAAGAUUCUCACGUUCAAAUGAAUUGGAUUUGAAACUUCAAUCUCUUGCUUAUUCAUACCUUAGUGAACUCUACUGGAAAGUUAACGAUGCUUCGAUGGCUGUGUCUUACAUGAAGCAAGAUUUGUUCAUUGCUACAGUUAUGGCAUGCCCGGGAAGUUUGUUCAGAUGUUACAGCAAUUUGGCCAAUGCGUAUUAUUUCAAAGGUGAGUUCAGGAGAUCACUCAUGUACAGACGACAUCAACUGACAGUGGCUUUAAAGUUAAAAAAUCUUCCACCAAUCAUAAUGGUGCUGAAGGAAGUAGCUUACCUCCAUGCGAUGAUCGGUAUGUACAAACUAGCGGUCAGGAUAUUGCAAAGAUGUCUGCACCUGUCGGCAAAGUUGAAUGAUGAUCUGCUACAACUUGCUGUCAUGAAUGACUUGAGUGUUCUGCAGCUGGUCCUCGCUCAUUUCGAUUCUUCAUUGAAAGUUUCGGAAGAACAUUUGAGAUUAUCAGAAUUGUUGAAUAAUAGAAGAGAAGAGGUUGAAGCAUACAAGAACAUGGCCUGCGUGCACCUGGCCACUGGUAGCUACAACAAAUCAAUUGAAUGCCUCAACAACAUUCUCCACCUGAACAAUAACCACUUUCACAACGACCCCUACCUCCAAAUGACGACCCACUCUAUGCUGGGUCACGUCUACCUUGCUACAAAUGAAUUGAAGAAAGCCAACUUGUACUUUGAAAAACAAUUGAACCAAGCGCUGAAGUGUUGUGAUGACUCUGCUGAAGCAAGAGCCUGCUUCAAUUUAGGAAUGUUGUUCGAAAAAGCAAAUAAUUUCAAAUCAGCUACAAAGUUGUAUGAGAGAACACUUGCACUGGUUGAUCACGAUAUAGACGCAACAAUUUAUGAGAACUUCCCUCAAAGUCUUGUUGCAUUCAGAGGAAGACUUUAUUUCCACAUUGGAUGUUAUUUUGAGAAGUUGAAAUGUUAUGAUGUUACACUUGAGGCAUACAAAAGGGCUUUGCAAAUAUACAGAUCUUCAAAUCUCGAAAACUGUGAGGCUGUUUGUUUAAGGUCCCUAUCGCAUCUGUAUAGUCAACUUGAUCAGAUGGACUCAUGUUUGAAAUACUUUAAAAUGUAUGCCAACCUUGCAUCAUACUCCGGUGCAUCAACAUCUGGUAAACAUUGUACUUCUUACAUGUACGAAGCUAAAUUAACUGAUUUAAUACGGCUUGAUAAGUUAGCUCGUUCUAAACUUAUUGCCGGAAAUCUUCAAGAAGCUGUUGAAAUUUUUGAGCUGUUUCUCAGUUCAGUUGACUGGCUACAACAAUUUCAACAACCACAACAAUUGCAACAGUAUCAACCACAAAAUAAGCAGCAAAUCGAGAAUGCACACAACCUCACUUAUACUAGACUCCACGUUCUUGACAACUUGGCACAUGUCAACUACAAACUUGAGAGGUAUAACGAAGCCUUCAACUACUACAGCAUGGCUCUGCCUUUGUGUCAAAAUUUGAAAAGAUUAAAAAGAGAAAUUAGAUGUCUGCAGUAUUUGGGCAAUAUUAAAUUGAGACAGCAAUGUUAUAUGCAGGCUCUGCAAUUCUUUGAACAAUGUUUAAGGUUGGUUCAGGCAAACAACAAAGAUGUUAAUUUUGAUGGUGGUGAAGUUAAAUUAGUAAGCAGCGUGGAGAACUUAAGUCAAACUGAAGUUAGUGAUAAGCUCCUCGACAAUAACAACAUCGGUGAAAGCAACAGUAAUAGUAACAACAAUUCCGACCAUGUCAACAACAAUCCAUCACCGAUCAGCUCACCAAAAAGCACCGAAACACGGAUCUUAGAGGCAAUCCUAUUGCUGAACAUAUCGGAUUGUUACAUGAUGUUGGGUCAGCUGGCAGAGGCUCGCAACCAUCUGUACUGCAUCCUGAAGAACAGGACGACCACACGACUACUCAUGCAGUACAACGUCAGGUGCUUUCAGAGGUGUGCACUCAACAUGGGAACGUGUUGCAUGUGGCUCGCUAGACUACAUGAGGCUAUCGCAUCCUUCCUUGUCUACGCCCACGUGUCGCAAUUGCAGUGCGUUCAAAGUUCUUGCUGCUACGAUGAUGCCGGCGACUCAAAUGAAAUGCUGGGCUACAAGAUGAUGUCGGAAUGCUACGAAAUGCACGCUCAGCUGCCUUGGGCUGUCGAAUGCGUGCUAAAAAUUAAAAAAAUUUUAUCAUCUCUGUCAUCAUUCCAAUCGCCAUCGAAUGAUGCCACCUUAACCUCAUUAUCUCCACCAUCGCUACCGUCAAUGUUGAAGGACUUUAACGAUUAUGUUCAGUUCAAACUGAACAACAAUGACAUAACAGCUUGUGCAUUGUCUGAUGAUGAGAUGAUGAAAAUAUUUUCAUGCGGUGUGAAAUAUCUACUCAACAACUUUUCCGCUUCUGGAAAAAAAUCAUGGAAAAUUCUGUUACAUCUGGUCGAGAAGAGUUUGUGGAAAAUGCAGUGCGUCAACGAUCACAAUAACAAUGACAACAACAAUACUAUCAACAACAACAGCUACAACAGCAGCUGCAGCAAUGGUAGUAGAAGGAACAACUACAAAGAUAUGUACAUUACUCAAGAAAGUUUUAUCAAUAGGAUGAAAAAAACUGGCAAAAAGAAUGUGACCAUUAAAUGUGACAUCAACAACAACAACAACAACAACAACAACAGUAAUAUAAAUGUCACAAACGACAAUAAUAAUAAGAUUAAGAAAUCAAACGUAGAUACGUCCCAAAGAAACUUGAUUGGGGCGAUGAUGGUAAUGGUGACACUUGGGUUCACCAUGCGAGCCACUCCAACAAAUAAUGAUGGUUAUAACGAAGGUAAAAAAAUUGAGAGGUUAAUAAUUUUCCCAAGAAAAGACAAGAAUAACCUGAUGAGAAUAUUUGUUAGUACACUAAAACGUCUGCCCGGUUGGUUACAUGUUUUUUAUUAAACACACAGCCAUUCAACACAUAACUAACUAGACCUUUUGUCGUUUGUCGUAAAUGAAAUCAUAAAUUGCUAAUUUGGAAGUAAAUAUACAAUUAAAUAUAAAACUAAGUAUGUAUGAAUUGUAGAAUGCCUUAAAAAGCAGUUCUACCGUUCUGUGUAUGACGGGUCUGUAGAAUAAAAUACAGAAUUAAAAAUAAUUUUGAUGGAUUAAAAUUGAACGAAUUAUUUUAUUAUAUUAUUAUUAUUUCACUUUAAUUUAUUAUAUAUAUGCCUUCGAAGUUCUUCAUACAUCUAAAGCAUCUCUUGCAUCUGGAUGAGGCACUCCGACUGCUCCUGACAUUAAUUGAAAGUGUCUUGAUGAAUGAAACAUCGGAUUGGUCGUUUAAGAUGCACACGAGAUUCACAACUAUCAAAAGCUUUGUCAUCAUUAUCCAAAUGACAGGAUUCAACGUGAUUAACAACACAGCAGAUGAGAGUACAUUGAAAUAUUCACAAUCAAAUGAACAAGUCAAACUGGCAGAUAUCUACUUCACGUUGUUAGCCACAUGUGACCCAAAGAAAUUAUUCUACUCGACAUGUGACGUGACGAAAAUGUUGAGAGACGGACACAGCGAGCCAGCCACCUGCAGCAACAGCAGCAACCAGCACCUACUGCAUCUUCCGUGUAAUCUGCCUCAUUUUUCCCAUCAUCACCCUUCCAAACAACAUCAUCAAGACAUCGACAUCCAUGCCAGUCAACAUCGAGACGUCUCACUCAGUUCAAAAAGAGGAUUGUUCAAACAUGACCUAGCAAGCAAGCAAGUGCAGAUUAGCACACAGCGCACGUUCACAAUGGCUGCACCUACCUCUCGAGCACACAAACUCAUGUCGACACAUCUUUCCAUCAAACACAAUAAAUAAUGCAUGUUUUGGAAAUUUUUUAAUUUAUUAAAAAUAAUGAUCAAACAUUUGCAUUUGUACAAAAUCUUUAUUUUUUUGUUUAACGUUUCUCUGUUAUUUUCAGCAACCAAAAUAAAAUCAUAUCUCUUUCUUG